CCCUUUCUUCUUCCCCUCAUUCCCAUUUCUCUCUUUUUUAUCUGUUUCAUAGUAACAGUCUUUCAACAAAACAAUGCCUCUUCCAUGGAAGAAAACCAAAUCCAAUCGAAUCUCCAGAAUCGUCGCCGAUCUCCAACCCCCCUCACGCGCCGCCUCUCUCGUCGUUGAAACCGGCUUCCCCACCUCCGUCGUUGAUCUCUUCGUCAAGAAUCGCGACCGAAUCAAGAGACACUCCCUCCGGAAAGCUAAGCACAAACACUAUCCCACCCAUGUCUCUGAAUCCCUUGCGCCGCCUCCCACUCCUUCCCUCAGCCCUGAUAAUUCCCCUCGCCUUCUUCCUGAAGACGAGGGUGUCGUCGUCGCCGCUAGUUGCUCCGCCGCCGGAAACAGAGUCGAUGGACUCCAACAGGAGGCCAUCCCGGCUGACGUCGAACUCAAUGUGGUCUGUGGCCGACCGAAUGCCGAUAAUAUCGGGAAUGCGGAUGUGGGUGCUGUCAAUUUGAAUUCUACGUCAACGGUGUUCGUUGUGGCGGCGAAGAUGUUUCUCGUGGUGAUUCCGGUUUUGAGUACCAAAAAACUCGCUCUGGGAAUUACUAUCUCUGCUUUCCUGUUGUUUCUUCUCGAAUUUUUUGGGAAAUUCGCUAUUCGUAAUUUCUCGAUCCGUAAUCGGUUAUUUCCAGAACGUUGCGGAAACGGGUUCAUUGAUCGUGGAGGAGAAGAAGAGGAAGCGGCGCCGAUUAACUCUGCUUUGAAUAACGAAAUCGAAAUCGUGGAUUCGAAUUCCGGUUUGGAACGUGAAUCAUUAGGAAAUGGGGAAAAGGGAAUUGGGGGUUGUUCUGAUUUGGAUGUGGAGAAGGAGGAACAGGGGAAUUUCCAGGUGGGGAAGAAUGAGAUAAGCAGAAGCGCGAAAUUGAGAGCGAAAAUCAUAAAGAAAUUGAUACCGAAGAAACUACGUAGCGGGAAGAGAGUGAAAAGGAACAAGAAGGAGAAGAACAAAGUGAAACAAGAAAUGGGAAUCGUGAUCAACGAAUACGAACAACGAACAGAAUCGAGUAGCGAGGAAGAAGAUGAAGAGGUUUGGGAGCCCGAAGAAGAAGAAGAAGAAGAAGAAGAAAUAGGAUCAUCAAUGACGAGGAAAAGGAAAGAAGAAGAUGAAGAAGAUGAAGAACAAGAAGUAGAGGGGAAGAAGAAGAGAUUUGAGUGUAAAAUUAUGAUCAUAAUGAUUCUUUUGGGGCUUUGUGGGGGCAGAUUUCUGGCACUUGUUCUUACAGUUUCAGGGUGUUUCAUGUUCAAAUUCAUCAAAAUUCUGACUCAGAAAUGGAGAUUUGGGUAAAGUGUAGUCCAGUAAGUUAGGAUUAUUCCCUUUUUUUCUUUUUUUAUUAUCUUCCAAAAUUUGAUGGUGAUGGGUUGUAUAUUGGUUUACUAAUUAAGUGAUUUUUGAGGCAUAAAUUGUAUUUAUUAAUACCAAACUUGGGUGAUUGGCUUUGAAGAACAAAGGAGUGUUUGUGUUUUCAUCUCCAUUAAUUAUAAGAAACAUUCUAUUAUUAUUUGUUAAAUUGAACAUGAGAAAUUGAUUAUUA